ACUAAACACGGCCUAUAUCUGGAGUUGGGAGAGAGUUUUCCUAACACUACACCACAGAUAUCCACCAAGACAACUGCAUUAGUGAGCCAUGGCUUCUCCUGUCAAGAGCAGGAAGCUGCGCAUCCUCCUCAUGCCCUUCUUCGCCACUAGCCACAUCGGCCCAUUCACCAACUUCGCCGUCCACCUCACGGCUGCGCGGCCGGACAUCGUCGAGGCCACCAUCGCCGUCAGCACGGCGAACGCCGCGGUCGUACAGUCAGCUCUUGCACGGCAGCAGAGCCCCGGCAGCGUGACAGCGGUGAGGGUGGCGACGUACCCGUUCCCGGUGGUGGAUGGCCUCCCACCGGGGGUGGAGAACCUCUCGACCGUCAAGGCCGCGGAUGGGUGGCGGAUCGCCGUCGCCGCUUUCGACGAGACCCUGAUGAGGCCCGGACAGGAAGGCCUCAUCAGGGAGCACUCGCCGGACGUCAUCAUCACCGACGCGCACUUCUUCUGGAACACCGACGUCGCCGCCGAUCUCGGCGUGCCAUGCGUCGCUUUCCAAGUCAUCGGAACCUUCGCGGCGACGGCCAUGACGCACCUCAGGGAUAUUGGCAUCCAUGGCAUCGCUGAAGGUGUGGUGGCUCUGCCUCGAGCUGAAGGCGGCGGCGACAUACUGAUCCCGCACACGGAGCUGCCUGAGUUCGUGAGGAGCCAGAAAAUCAUGGAUGGCCCCGUCAUGGAUCGGGUCAGCUCAAGCAUGGUAAGGUGUGCCGGCCGGGCCGUGAACACCUUCUUCGACCUGGAGCAAGGGUACUGCGAGAUUUUCGCGAGCGGUAUAAAGACGAAGCCCUCCUACUUUGUUGGGCCCGUCUCGUUGCCGCCGCCGGCGGCGGCACCGGCAGUGACAGCAGGAGACAGCGCAGGAGCAGGGGACUCGCCGCCGUGCAUCGAAUGGCUCGACAGAAUGCCACCUCGAUCGGUUGUGUUCCUGUGUUUCGGCAGCUUGACCCAUGUCUCCGACGCCCAGCUCGUGGAGCUGGCUCUCGGGCUCGAAGCCUCGGGGAAGCCGUUCCUGUGGGUGAUCAGGAGGGAUGCGUGGUCGCCGCCCGAUGGGUGGAUGGAUCGCGUUGGGGAGAGGGGCAUGCUCGUCACGGGCUGGGCGCCGCAGACGCGGAUCCUGGAACACCAGGCGGUGGGGGCGUUCGUGACCCACUGCGGGUGGAACUCCGUCAUGGAGACGGUGACCGCCGGCGUGCCGGCGCUGACGUGGCCGAUGGACUUCGAGCAGUUCAUCAUCGAGCGGCUGCUGACCGAGGUCCUGGCGAUCGGGGAGCGGCUGUUCCCGGAGGGUGCCGGGGUGCGGAGCACCAGGCCUGAAGAGCACGACGUGGUCCCGGCCGAGGUCGUGGCGCGGUCGGUGGCCAAGUUCAUGGAGCCCGGAGGCGGGGCAGACGCGGCGAGGAGACGGGUGAAGGAGCUCUCCGCCCGGGCUCGUGCUGCCGUGGCGGAAGGCGGCUCCUCUCACCGCGAUCUGCAGCGGCUGAUCGACGACCUCGUGCAAGCAAGAACAGAGCAGCAGCAAAGUAAUAGCAGCACCCACCAAAAGACUAUUCCUCACAGCCUCUCUGCUGUGGCUUGAAGUUGAAGCGAGUAAGCGACUAGCUGGUGCCAUUCUGAAGCUUCCGAGGUUGAAGCAUGCCAACACCAGCAAAGUACUAGUUUUUAUUGCAAUAAACUUAGGAUUGAGUAUCUUUUCUGGAAAACUUAUUGAUUACUCGUUGGGGUUAAUAAUCUGAAACCCACGUAUGCUCGUGGGUUUGAAGUUUGUUGUGUUCCUCAUUAUUAGUGUUUUUCAUUGGUGGAUCUGUUUAAUUACGAUCUUUGCAUGGUUAGGGCAUGCUGUAAUUGGCCACCUUUAGGUACCACGCCGGCGGAGCUGCGGCGGCUAUCGAAAAAAAAACACCAAAUAUAAUGCAUCACUUCUCACAGAUCACUUGCAUAUGUGGCUGUGAUAAGCAUGCACAAACUGCAUUUAUAUCAAUUGUAUCAACAUUGGAGAACAUGUAUGAAGAUGUAUGCAAACAUUCAGACA